UUUGAACCGUUUUUAAAUGCUAAACAAUAAUAAUCAUGUUUUGAAGUCGUAUAAGUGUUUGUUUAGAAACGUUGAUGACUUUUUAGCGGAGGGAUCUAUACGUCGCUGCUGGCUCCUGCGUGGAGCGGAAUUUGAAUCUCUCAGCUUCUCUCUUUCUUACGUUUGUGUUUUAGAGGAACGUGUAAUAAUAUGUCAGUGCUUUUUACGUCACAGUAGUCCAUACAUAUGAUGUUUAUAUGUAUUUAAACAGAAAACACCACUUUUAUUUACUUUAAAUCUACGAGAUGGCCACCGCGGAGAUGAACACGGAGGGAGAUCAGACAGAGAGCAUGCUGCCUCCCGUUGAAGAGGACUCUCCAGUUUUAAAUGACACCUCAGCCUCACUGAAUUUCUCGGAGCUCACACCUCUGCAGUUUGGCAUCUCCGAGCAAAGUUUUACUCCAGUAUCAUCACCAAAAAGCAAAGAUAAAUCUCGUCUCGCACAAAUGAAGGCAAGGCGGAGGUCUGGCGUUGGUGCCCGUGGCUCACCAGAGACAAACUCCCUCAUCCGCUUCAUGGCACGACAGAGGAUGAAGACUCCACCAACCUUCCAAACUCCAGAGCUGGCGAGAAGUAGCCCCUUACUUCCCCGGGUGGCCUCCAUGCUGAGGCAGAAGAUGGCCUCCUUCCAGAGCCUGAUGGAUGUGGAAGAGAGUGAGGUCUGUGAUCCGAUGCCAAAGCAAGACAGCAGCAACACUGGAGGAUGCAUCAAGACAAGAGAUUAUCUGUCUGAUAGGAGCAGCCAUGAUGGAGGAAAGGAGAACAACCCACCAAUGAUGACGGCCAUGCCCAGCAAGAGGAGGCGCUUGGGCCCAAUUGACGGCUGUGAGGUGGAGAUUAGAGAGGCCAGCACUCCUAUCUUCCACUUGAGUUUGAAGAAGCAGAAGGAAGAAGAACCAGUGAUGCAGGUUGUGACACAAGGACCGUUGUCAUCCACUGAGACUGUGGAACAGGUCCAAGCUGUGCUUAUAUCCCCAACCUUUCACUUUGACCUUGAGCUCCAAACCUGUUCUCCUGCUAGGAACCAGCAGGACGAUAUCUUUGAACUUCAAAGCCCCCGCCGACCGCCACCUGAUGAUUCUGCAGCCGCUUCACCAGCCCGGCAUGCCCCCGCCCUUCACAUCCCCUCUUUUCCUUCUCUGUUGGAGAUGAAUCCCACAGGAGAGGAUGACUCAACCGGGACAUCGGUGAAGAAGAAAAAGCGGGUGUGCUUUGGAGGUCCGCUAUCUCCUGAGUUCUUUGAUAAGAACCUGCCUCCCAGCACACCGUUGCAGAAGGGGAGCGAGCCAGCCCGGGUACCCACACCAGGUGGGAUCUUCCAGCCGCGCUCAGUGCUGAAGACCCCACAGAGGAGUGAAUCCCAAACAUCAGCACCACAGCCAGAUCCCAGCAGCCCCACUGGGUUUGGUGCCUCGCCGACGCUUGCGAUGCCUCGCCACUGCAGAAUGCCGUCUGUGGGGGAGGACAGUGACGAGAGAGAUGAAGAACGAUUGAUUGUUUUCCCUUCCAUGGAGGAGGUUGACUCUGCGUGGACGGGAAAUCCAGAAUGUACGUGGGAAGUUCAGCCGUUGAAUUUAAACGCUGCCUUCAUCGAGGAGUCUCUUUCUCAGAUUCUGACAGAGUCUGAGGUCCAUCCCAGCACCACCUCCCAGAUGGAUGAGCCGAUGCCAGAGCAGGAAAGGCAACAUGAAGCUGCAGCUCCAGCCCAAUCUAGAGACCGAAGGGAAAAGCAGCCAAGACCAGAACACCGGGCCAGCAGUGAGGCCGAAGCUCGCUCCGGCAGUCGAAAGAGAAAGCAGCCGGAGGAGAGCCAACCUGUGAAGAGGUCGACGCGCUCGGCUGCCCAGACGACCUCCGGGAAGAUGAAGAGGACCGCCGCGGCGAUGCGGCGGUGGAACCGGGACGUGGACCGCUCCCUGUACGGCUCUCGAGCCUACGCCUCCAAGAACCCCACCCUGAGCCCCAUCAACGAGAGGCUGGCCCUCAUCGGCCGGUCUCAAGCAGCGCCGCACAUUCCUUGUACGAGCAGCACGGCCCCAAAUCACGAGACCCCCUGGAACCCGGAGAUGGCGAACGGCGCUCUAGCACCGGGUGAGCUCACUGUGACAAACGCUUUGGAAAAUUCCCCAGAAGAUUCCGUCACAUCAACAAACAGCUUUAAAAAAAUGGCCACAAAGAGGGUGAGAGGGAGAGGACUGAAGAAGAGGACGGUCAGUGUCUCUCAUGAUACUCUGCUCAGCGAGGAGACUCUGGAUCCGACUGGAGGAGAGACGGAGGAGCACGGUGACGGCCAAACGACUCCCAACCUUGAGGCAUCGAGCGAAACCCCUCUGAACCGCACGCUGCCCGAGCAAGGAGAGCCGAACACUGAACAUAAGGCCCACAUUUCUGCAGAUACACUUUGCACGGACUCUGAUGGAAACUUAGAAUGCCACGGCAGUCCGGCUGCAGCCACCUCAGGCUGCCCGCCUUCAGGUGGAGAACCCGACAACACGUUGAGUCAGUCAGCAGAGAGAACCGCCAUGACGGUCAAGGAGAGCGCCGUAAACGUCUCUGAGCUGCAGGAGCAGGGACGGGGAGACCACGCCGCCGCUAUCCAGUGGGACGACAUCGGGUCAAGCUCUGAGACCCAGGAGGAGGUGGGAGGAGCCGGUCUACACCUCGCCUCCUGGCAGGCUGACUUCAAUUUUGAAGAUGUGUUUAAACCGGUUGCCAGUAGAAACCAGGUGCGCUCAGUACGCCGCAGCCUGAGGAACCAGAGCAACGCAGAGCACAGCGGCGCCGGUCUGGCCUGGUUGGCUUGGACCUCCCCUGAAUCCAUGAAGGAGUCCCGCAGGAAGACCCGGGUCCGGCGGCUCAGUGCUGUGCUGGCCAUCCAACUGUCACUCCCCGAAGAGACGCAAGACAAAUGCUCCGUGAGACUUUAAAUCCACGACAUGAACAUGGAUGAAGAAUAAAGGGGGAUAACUACUGCAUUCAUCGCACCUUCAUACUUACCUGUCCCGUUUGUUUCAGAUGAGAUGAAGGAUUAUCCAAAGAGCAGGCUGAUUGUUUUGUAUUCGCGAGAACAUUAAUGCCUCUGUUCCCUGUGAAUUAUUAGAGCUGACCAGUCAUUUGUAGCCAGUUUCCCCUCCGCUUACCAAGCCAGUCAAUACCCAAUCAUAUUCUCUGCUGACCACCUCCCAAUCAAUACCCGAGCACUCGGCUGGUAAUCACAGUGCAUGUUCAGGCUCCCUCUACAGAGUCAUUGGAUUCAGCAUCUCCAAGUCAAUAUCUCUUCUCUGUGGAUAGAUGCAGACGGCUGGACUGCAUUCUCCAUCUGCCAUGCCAGGUUGGGCAGGAGGAAGAUAUGAUGGUAAAGUAAGCAAGUGGGGGGGGAACACAAAUCAAAUUUAUAGGUUCAGACACUUCUGUUGAGUGGUGGUUGCUGGAGUAGUUUAUUUUGUGGUCCCCUCGGUGAUCUAAACAGUUGACGUCCAGGUAAAUGUCCAGAAGAGGUCCCCAUCGCGUUCUCUGAUCUUUUUAAUGGAUUGUUUUAAGAUGUGAAUCGGGUGGAAAUAGGUUGCACCAAAUCUUAAAUAAGUUUGUGUUCUCAGUGAACAUCAGAAUGUACCUUGCUAUGUUCUUAUGCUGAUUAAAUGCCUUGGUUGUAAGUGAA